GCGCCGGGUCCGAGAAAAAGAACGGCUUCACGUGGCUUGUUGAAGAAUACAGCAAAUCGAGCAAAGGGCGCAUGAGUCACACUAAGAAUAUAGCCAUAAAUACACAAUCCGCUGUCUUUCUAAUCUAUAACAACUGCCAUCUUUUUGAAAAUCCAUCUAGUGUCUAGUAAAUCAUACACAAUGCCUCGCCAAAACGUCAGCUCCGGUUCCAAGUUCGAAGAGGAAAUCGGCUACUCCCGAGCCGUUAUUGUUGAUGACUGGAUCUUUGUGUCGGGGACCACUGGAUACAACUAUGAUACCGGCAACAUCUCUGCCGAUGUCUGCGAACAAACUGAGCAGACAAUGGCCAAUAUCGACAAGGCGUUGAGAGAAGCUGGUUCUUCCGUGUCCGAAGUUGUCCGUGUGCGGUACAUUCUUCCAAAUCGCAACGACUUCCCUUGCAUCAAGCCCGUGCUGAGAAAAUGGUUCGGCCAAGUGCGACCUGCGGCGACAAUGGUACAAGCUGAACUAAUGCUGGACGAAAUGAAGAUUGAAAUAGAGGUGACGGCUAAGAAGGGAGCUGGAGUGGCGAGUCAAUGAUGC